AUGCGGGACGAAGACUCGGACUCUUCCGCCCACAGUGCAGAUGAGCCGUCGGACCAAUGCGAGGAUGACCGCUGCAAUGGACCACAGCUGCCGGUCUGGCACUGCGUGGACUGUGACAGUUCGUACUGCAGUGACUGCUGGGGACUUCAAGGUCCUCAUAAGCCCAAGAAAAAGGGUCGCGACGGAGUGCCUCAUGAAAAGACAAGCCCUCACGUUGUGAAAAACCUCAAGAACAUUUUGAAUCCAACCAGAAAUUCCGUAGAGAUUCAGAAGCUUCAUGAAGACGACGAAGGCACUAAAUGGUUUGGUGUUAACAAAGAUGCCACUGGAAAGCCGACUUUCGAGGAUUACGGCCGAUAUGCCACGCUCAUGUCGAGCAUCUCGCCUCUGGCAAGCCAAGGGACCCGCUAUCCUCAGCUUGUCUCUUUCAUCGGCAUUACCAAUGCAGGAAAGUCGACACUGAUCAAAAUGCUUGUUAACCAUGGGGUGCAAGAAGUUUCGACUGUCAAUCGCUCCAUGUUUCCUUCACCUGUGGUCGGAAGCGUAGUGAAUGAUUCUGUGCCCACCUCUGGCGAUGUCCAUCUGUAUGCUGAUCCAUCCACACACGCCGAGCAGCUGCCAAUACUGUACGCCGAUUGUGAAGGAUUUGAAGGAGGCGAACGUACACCGCUUGGCGCACGUGUGACCUCACGACGGAAAACGGGCAUGGGUGGUAUGAGUGGGAUGGGUCUCGAUAUGGAAGCUUUGGAUCCGACCAGAAACGGCCACGUCCACUCUCGCCCGAUUGAAUGGGCCACUACAGAGGAGACUCGCCAGCGCGAGUAUGCCGUCACAGCAUUGUACCCAAGGCUUCUUUACACUUUUUCCGACUGUGUGGUUUUCGUACUUCGAAACCCAAAGACGUUCCAGUCCGCAGUGCUGGGCAAAUUGUUGGACUGGGGUGCAAGUUCGCUUGAAAAGUCCAUCAACCAGCCGGCACUACCGCACUGUGUCGUCGCUGUCAACGGAACCGAUCCUGGAGUAGAUGACCAAGAGUGGGAUGUCAACUUCGCCACGCAAAGCUUGCUAUCGUCCGUUCGAGGAGCCCUCGACGUCGUGGAGGGUGUUCCACAUUUCCGUGCACUUGCAGACCACUGGAGGUCCCUCGGAAAGCACAUUUACACCGUAGAGGAUUUGAUUUUGCGAUAUUACAGCUCCUUCAAGGUCAUUCGAAUCCCAGCCAAACCGAGAUACACAACGAUCAACGAGCAGGUCGGGAAACUGCAGGCCAUAAUCAAGUCGAACUGYGAAGAGUCGUUCCGCAACAAGAGGAGAGCUCGCAUGCUUUCCACGGCAGAUGAGCUUAACACGUACUUGCAGUCUGGAUUCGAUCACUUUACAACUCACCUCAAUGUCCCUUUCGACUUUAUGCGGAUCAGUCUUCUAAGCAAUCCCAUCCCAAACGAUUUCGGAGGGCACAUCCUACAGUUAUGCACAACCAUUAGCUCUCAGCAGCCGAACCACCAACCGGGGAGAAUUUCCUGGCUGUUUGAGAGAUUGAGCGUGAUGCUCGCGUCGUGUGUACUGUUGGACUGUGCCAGAUUCCGGAAAGGUCGAGUGGAUGAGCUGUUCUCCAAUUAUGAGAAAUUUUUCGACUGGGCAAUGGGAGAGUAUUUGGAGAUGCACUACCCGUGCUCUUAUGUUAGUUCUGACGGUACGCGACAGUGCCAAUUAGUCAAAGCUCGCCAUCAGCCGAAAGGACACCAGGACGAGAAGGGGAUCAUUGCCACUGGUGACUAUCAGGCUGCAUUCGAUUCCAGCUUUCUACCUCAGUGGAAGUCCCAAUUAAGAGCAGCAGUCGGAACCAUCCAGAGAGAUUUUCAAUACGAGCUGGAGCAGAUGUCCCACAAUGACGAUUUGAACACGAUACCGGAGGAGCGCAUUGCUUUGGACUUGCACAUUGAAUACCUGAACCAAUUCUUCGAGGCUGUUGGUCCCGCGUCGUCCAUUUGCAGUCAUGCGACAUGCUUCUGCUGUUUGAUGGAUGUCCCGGAGCAUCCGUUGCCGUGCGGCCACGUGCUUUGCACGGCCUGUGUCAAGGCGUAUGGGAAGCAGAAGAAAACCUCAAUCAUAGUCUCCUGCUGUCCUUUACACCGCGAAUCAACAAUGUGGGCGAAGCCAGUGCUGAUCAAGUUCAAGCCAUCUGGGGCUGGAGUUCGUGUGCUAUCUCUGGAUGGAGGCGGCAUACGUGGUAUCGUUCAACUCGAGGUCUUACGAGCCAUAGAACAUGUGCUCGGCCGCCACGUCUCAGUUCCCACUUUCUUCGAUCUGAUGGUAGGGACCGGGACUGGCGGUCUCAUCGCAACUGCGCUAUCAAUGAAGGACCACACUGUCGAAUCGUGCAUUGACAUGUUCACCGCACUAUGCGACCAUGCAUAUACACGAAGAGGGGUCCCAAUCUUGAGCCACCUGGCUCAAGUCAUUGGCAGUGGACCCAAGUACAAGACAAAGCCCUUGCACUCCGCACUAAAGACGGCGUUCACGGCAGACGACAGCUAUUUUGGAUCCCACGAGAGAUUCCGAACUGKAUGCCGUGUUGGUGUGACUUCCACGAGUGCCACUGGGCAGGAUACCAUCUUACUCGCCAGCUACAGAAGGUCGGACGAUCCGAAGCCUUCAUACGUCUUCGAGAGACCACACGACCCUGAUAAUGAGCUCAAGACCCACGAGGCAAUUGCUGCGUCGCUGUCCAGCCCAGCAUACUUCCGACCACUGGUUUUCCACAACAAAACAUACCUCGACGGUGGGGUGCGGUGUCCCAAUCCCGCCUUUGUUGCCGAUAGGGAACGUGCUUUGAUCUGGCCGGACAUCGCCCAGCCGGACAUGUUCUUGUCGCUUGGAACCGGACAGAAUCGCAUUACUGUGCUGCAAAAGUUGUCAGACAGACCGACAUCGACUAUAGCAAUGCCAACACGUGACCCUCAAGCUGCCAAGAAGACUACAGGUCGAUGGAGAACUCGCAGAACAGACGAAAUCGUAGAUGCUGAGCUUGCUUGGGCAGACUUCCGAAACCAUGCUGUACGAGAAACGACCGAGGCGAAAGGCAGGCGGUUCAUUCGAUUCAACCCAGACCUCGACCGCGAGCCGCCUGCCGCAGACAAUAAGUCGGAAAUGAUCUCACUUCAGAACAACGUCCGCAAGCGGCUGCAAACAGCGCAUCGACAGGCGGCAUUGCGGAAUGUGGCGCAUCGACUAGUUGCAUCGUCGUUCUACUUGGAACUUCAGUCGAAGGCGACGGCCGAGAAAAGCGAACAGGUCUGCAGUGCUGCCAUAGUUUGUCGGUUUGAGGAUGGCUCCAAGGAGCUAUCGGGACUUGGACGUAUAUUGAAAGACCAAAGAACGGACGACUUCGAACCUCACUUCUUGGUCAAGCCCGACCACGAGCAAAGAGACCUCUCCUUCAAGGUUACUAUCAGCAUGGAAGUCAUUCGCGGGAUGAUCGACAAUGCUGUUCUGGGGCUGCCCAACGUGUACAUCCCGUUGCGCAAUGAGAACAGAGCAACGUCAAUAGCCCUCUUUCUAUCGAAACACGACGGACUGGAGCCUGACGGGUUCCCAAUCAGCGGAUUUCCAAGGGUGCUGCUUGGAGAGCCAUCUACACAGGUUCAGAACCCACGCCGCCCAGUACGUGCCAGCACCGAUCAGCACCGUCUUAAGCCGACCAGUUCUGAUGGUGAUUCCAUAUCGCUCGCUGGGUCGGCAUGGCCAGCCGCCAGGAAUAGCAGCAGUGAGACAUCGUCUCUCAAUGACGGUCAGACUAAAACCUCACAAAUGUCGCUCGCUGAUCUCAUCGACCAACACCAAAAGCUUGCGCCCAGUGUCAAGCAGCGCACCAAUCGAUUCUGGACCUACAUUGGCAACAACCACAUGGCGCACAAUCCUGACCAAUAUACCGAGGAUGAACUUUCCAAGUAUGCUACACACGCAUCCGCUUCAUCAGACCAACCUCUGUCCGAACCUCCAAGACGCACGUCAUCUCGGACAGCACUUCCACCUAUGCCAAUGGCCGCAAGGUCUCGGCAUGCUUUCCCUCCAGGAUCCCCGGGUUUCAACGAGCUGGACACCAUCGAAAGGGCGUCCAGCAGGGCCGAGGCCCAAGAGAAUAGUUCUCGUGGACGUGGACACCAACCCGCCAGUUUGUCUCAGGACAGUUUUCCUGGUAGUUUGUCCCGGCAGCAUUCCCCAACACUCCCUAGACAGAUUUCCAACAGCACGAGAACAAGCACACGUUCGGACUCCCAGGCGACGACGCGUUCUGAAUCGCAGAGCGCCACAUCAGGAUCGCGCACACGGCCUACCACAGAAUCAUCACUACGAACUACGAUACCCAGCAUGUGCAAGACUGAAUUUGAAGAAGACGAAGAUUGGGUAUCAACAUAUUCCGGGGAGGACGUUCAAUUUGGAGAGGCUCAAUCAGCUCCUCUUGUGCAGCUUCCACUCCCACUCCAACAAAGAACGAAUGGCCGCCCUAACCCGAUCGAGAACGCGGUCGCCGGGCUCGUCAAUGAUAACAACGCGAAAGAGGCUUUGUCUCAGUGGCUUAACACGUCUCAGAAAUCUCCGACACCACCAACAUGGACUAACAAUCAUGCUAAGCUGAAAGCUGUUCAGGAAGAGGAUUGA